UAUAUCUCCACUAAUCUCUAUCCCUAGGAAUCUCUAAGCCGUCGUACUUUAUUCAGAGAGUUGACCAGGAAAUAAAACUCUCGACUCUUUUGUUCUAUUAGGAAAAGAUUAUAUCCUUAUAUAUAUUGAUCAGUCUUACUUAAGAUUAUUGGUUUGUAUCGCCAAUUGCGAAGUUUAAGAUUAUUUCAGCCUUUGAGAUUCUUUGAUUUGUUCACAUUGCAGUGCUAUUAGGAAAAAAAAAAAAAAAACAAAACUGAUUGGGUCAUUGGAGGAGUCAGAUUGGGCAUGGCUUCCGAACAACUUAUUGGAUAUGAUUCUGGACAAUUUGGUUUCACUUUCUGAAUUUGUUCGAUUUGGUGCGGUUUGCAAACCAUGGCAGUCUGUGGCAAUGGAGAACAAACUUACAUUUGUUCAAAAUAAGUUUUCCACACAAGUUCCAUUCUUGAUGGUGCCUUUGAAAGAUAAUAACGACGACCGACGCAGUCUAUACAGCAUUACUCAUAAUAAGCUAUAUGAUUUUCAAUUACGGGUACCUUACAAAGAGAGGCUUUGUGGUUCCUCACAUGGUUGGCUGAUUGGUAUAGAAAAAUCCUCGAUUGUAACUCUAAUGAAUCCGUUCUCUGGCUCUACCAUAGAGCUUCCUCCAAUUGAUAGUGUGGUCUCAACAAGCAUAAAUCUGAUUUCCUUUGAAGUUACAAAGGUUAUAUUGUCAGCUAACCCUGCGUCGUCUCCUAAUGAUUAUAUUGUUGCCGCCAUCUAUGGUAUUGAUUCUGAGCUGGCAUUUAUUCGGGCAGGAGAUGAAGCUUGGACUUGCAUGGAUAAAGAGAGAUUUAGUUGUUUCAGUGACGUCAUAUAUUAUAAAGGCCGGAUUUUUGCAGUUGAAGAUCAUAGAGUCCUUAGAGUCCUAAUGAUUGAUGUUAAUAGAAUGACUGGGGCUCCGCAAGUGGAGGAAAAGGAAAUUGCACCGCAAAUUAUUCGUACUGAACACAUGUAUCUUGUCGAAUCAUCUAGUGGGGAAUUACUUCUUGUACAAAGGCUUUUAGAAAUUGGAGACGAUUCACAGCAUGCAACUUCAGGGUUUAAGGUUUUCAAGAUGCUCUUAGACCAAUUUGAGGAGGGUUCGCAUAUGCUGGUUGAAGUGAAGAACUUGGGUGGAGACACCCUGUUUUUGGGAGAUAAUCAUUCCAUUUGUGUUUCAGCUUCCAAAUGGUCAGAUGUGAGCCUAAUUCCAUUCUAUCACCCAUCUGGGCGCCAUGACAUGGGUAUCUUCAACAUAGUGAAUGGAAGUUUUGGGACGCAUUACAUCCUUAAUCCUUCACAUAACGAUAUGCUGCCCUCAAUUUGGAUUGUCCCAACUGUUUUGGGAAGUUCAGUAUAGACUACUUAAUUUGUUUCGGAUGUCUUUUAGUCAAUCUAAUUUAUUUAGUGUUUUUUUUCCCUCAUCAUUUUUAUGUGAUGAAAAAAUCUAUUUUUUUCUCUUGCUGUAGCAAUUGUGAUAUCAAGUUUGUAAGACAUAUAAUUAAACAUUAUUGUUGGUUUUUCUCAAA